ACGCGUAUCCCCUUCCCUCCUGUCUACUUAGUAUGCGUCUGAUCCUGCCUGCGAUGCGCCCUUUGGCCCGACAGAUUUAUCUCCUUCCCCGCCAUAUCCCAAUAAGCGUCCACACACUCUUUCCACUUCUUCAUCUCCUCCUGACAUACCUCCUCGUCCAAAACCACCUCGACGCGCGCUUCGACGCCGCUACACGCUGGGCACCCGCGUUCCCCGCCGCCCGUGUGCGUUUCAUCACUAGUCUCAUUGCACUCGGCCUGUGGGGUAUGCUGCUUCCGGUCUGGGUACCGGUAUACGUCGUUUUCGGGCGGGCAUGCGGUUGUGGUUCGGCUAACCGAGCGGGGUACCAUCGCGUUGGAGCCAGUGAAAAUGAAGCCGAUUUGGAGCGUUCAAGCAAGGAGCUGUCCGUUCAGAAGCACCGUCGCCGCGCGCUAUCAGCUGCGAUACGCUGGCUCCCCGAGUCUCGGUUCUUGCUCGUCCUCAUCGUAUCCGCAUACAUCUCAUUCCUCAUCUUCGCCUACACGGCGAUGUGGUCUUACGCGGAGAAUCCGGCUGACUCCCGCUUCCGGCACGCAGUAACACAGGCCAACCGAGAACCAAGGAGGGAAGGGUAUGGAACGGGGGAGAAGAUCUUUCUCGCUGCCAUGUUCUAUAAUAACGCCGAAGUGGUGCCUUACUGGACUGCAGAGGUCAUCAAGGCGAUCAAUUAUUUCGGACCGGACAACGUAUUUGUAUCCAUCGUCGAAUCGCACAGCGGGGACAACACUGCCGACCUGCUCGAAUCCUUCGACGUGACCCUCACCUCGCUCGACAUCCCACACCGAGUUCUCACGCGCGACACCUCCAUCGAACGGCCACCGGGACCCGUCAUGUGGGAGUCGAAGCCGGGCCGCAUCGAGUACAUAGCGGCCGUGCGCAAUUUGGCGAUGCAGCCCUUGUUGGAGAUGAGCGGGUACACGCGUGUAGUGUUCAGCAACGACGUGUUCAUCGAGGCGGAGUCGAUCGUCGAGUUGGUGCACACAAGAGAGGGCGAUUAUAAUAUGGUCUGUGGGAUGGAUUUCGGUCCCUGGGGACUAUAUGACCAAUGGGUCGCGCGGGACCGUUUGGGCAACUUCGUCUCGAGCGUGUGGCCAUAUCUCAUGGAGCAGACUGGAUAUCAGGCGGUCAAAUCCGACGAACCAGCGCCGGUGUUCGCGUGUUGGAACGGAAUUGCUGCAUUUCACGCUGAUCCCUUCCUCCCAAUUCCUCUUCGCUCAGGAAAGCAGCUCUCGGCGACACCACUCUCUGCACCUCUUCCCCAGACUCAUCCGGAACUCAACUCGACAACGCGAGGAACGAGUCCGGCUUUGACCUCGCCUCUUCGAUUCCGUGCCUCAGCCCCCGGCGAGUGUUUCAGCGCCGAGUGCUUCCUGCUGCCGUAUGAUUUCCAGCGCCAGUUUGGGCUGACGAAAAUCUACAUGAACCCGCGAGUGAUCAAUGCAUAUCAGUGGGACUGGUAUGUGUGGUUCAAGUACGUCUCGCGGCACUGGCUUGUGAUGUGGUGGAUUCGCACGUUUGAGGAUGGGGCUGGGAUGUACCAGGCGCGUGUCAUGUUGGGUGACCCGGCCAAGGCUGAAGUCUGGGAUGGGGGAGAUUGUAUGCCGUGGGGAUGACGAACUUUGCAUUACGAGAUUGGAGACUCGGCACUGGUGACAAACUUAGCACUGUAGCAGGAACUUGUAUCAAGAUAGGGCGACUUGAAUUGAGAAUUCUCAAUCAAACGAGAGAAUACGCCUCAACGUGUCUCUCUUGACCCAAUCCGGACCGAUCGAUCCGUUCCGGCUACCCCAGACACCGGAGCACAAUUACCCUCAUGACGGCGCAGCUGUUCGCUUCAUCUUCAGACCAAUCAUGCCCCGCAUUUCAGAGGCUGGAAAAGCAAAACUCGACGCCAUCCUAACGGAUGCCUUCACCAGUAAAUCUCUACCAGCGAUGUUCCUGGGCGUCGCGGACGUGGAGGGACCGAUCUACAUGAACGCAGUGGGGACGCGGUGGUUCGAAGAUCCGAGCAGUGGUGACAUCGACGUCGAUACCGUCUUCACGAUAUUCAGCCAGACGAAGCUCAUCACGACGAUCGCGUUGCUGCAACAGAUCGAGCAGGGGAAGAUCAGCUUCGACACGGCGCUCGAGGAGAUCGUGCCCCAGUACGCCAAUCCGGUCAUCCUCACCGGCGAGAAGGACGAGCAGGGCAAGGCGACUUGGACUCCUGCUCGAGGGAAGAUCCUCAUCGGGCACCUGCUGAAUCACUCAAGCGGACUGGAUGGGUCGAUAUAUGCGCCGGCUGGGAUCCCUGUUCCGGAGGGAAUGUGGCCGUCGCCGACAACGCACGAUUACAAAGAUGAGCCGGACCCAAAGGCCAAGUACUUCUACUUGCUGAAUGGAUCGGGCGAGCUCCCGGGGCCGGCGCUGCACCACGAGCCGGGAACUGACUUCUCUUACGGCAUCUCCUCUGACGCUGCGGGAUUCGUGGUGGAGGCCCUGUCCGGAAAAACGCUUGAGCAGUAUUUCAAGGACCACAUCUUCUGUCCGCUGGGGAUCACCGCACCUUCCUUCCAUCGGACUCCGGAACUCGCAGCGAACUUCCUCCCCAUCCAUCUCCGUACGCCGGCAGGCACGUUCGUCCGGUGGACCGCUCCGCCGGUCGUGCCCUUCGAUGAGGAAACCGGGGAAGUCAAACUCAUGCACGGAGGUGCCGGAAUCUAUUCUUCACAGAAGGACUACCUCAAGAUCCUUCAACAUAUCUUGCGCAUCAAAACUCGUCGUGACACAACGGGCCUCCUUUCCCCGUCCUCCGUAGAUUUGAUGUUUGAGCCGACUCUCCCGCCGCUGGGUGCUAAAACGAUUAGCGAGCGCAUGUCCUGGAACCCGUACCUGAACCUCCCUGCAGGCUCAGCACAAUACAGCCACGGCCUAGUCCUCUUUACAGAGGAUCUCCCGGGUAAGCGGCGCAAGGGCACUGGUGCAUGGGGUGGAUUGGCCAUGACCAGCUACUUCAUGGAUCCUACAACGGGCAUUGCCGUGAUCUUUGGCACGCAGAUCCUGCCACCGAGAGACAAAGUGUAUGAGAAAGUUUACGGUGAGAUUGAACGCACGAUUUACGAUGCUAUCGAGGGAUGAAACUGUUUUGUAAUUGCUCUGUGUCUAUGCAUUGAAUUCAUCGGUCACGGACCGAAGCUAUAACUGCGACAAAACCCUGUGUUCCUUGAAGCGUUGAUUACCCUAUAUAACCUCCCAAAUGCCCUGUUGCCCUAGAAAAGAUAGAAUGGCG